AAGUUUAAUACCCACUUGGUCUUCCCAUUAGCUGUUCGAUUUAAGCCAUCUCUUCCUUCCCCAUCGCCAUUGCCAUUGCCAUUGCCAUUGCCUUUUUCUUUGAUAUAGUUUUCUGUCAAUUUUUCCGGUUUACGUUACUACAUGAUGAUCGGCGUCGGGUUGACUCUUCCGGCUCAGAACUUGAAUGUCUUCAAUGCCAGGCGAGCAAGCUUCAAGUGCCAGAAAUCACCUCUAAAUCCAACUUCUCGAAGACAUGUUUCAUCGACAUCUUCGACUGAGUUAACUCGGGAAACCCUUUCCAACCUCGAAAAACUCCUUCAGAAAUCAAACCAACCCGACCCAGAACGAGUCGUCAAAACUUCCACCAGCAACGGGUUGAUCGAAACCAAAGGUAAGGGUUUACUCGAAGGGCUUAACCUAUCCCGGAUAUGGCCGGAAAUGAAAGCCGCCGAAGAGAUGUCUCCCCGCCAUUUAAAUAGGCUUCAGAGGCUUUUAUCCAAAACCAUGGAGUAUUCUCCGAGGAACAACCUCGGUUCUCGUUGGAGAGAGUACCACGGUUGCAAUGAUUGGUCCGGUUUGCUCGACCCUCUUGACGAGAAUCUCCGGCGAGAAGUUGUUCGGUACGGUGAAUUUGUUCAAGCUGCUUACCAUGGUUUCCAUUCGAACCCGGCCAUGUCAACCGACGAGGCUCCGUUGCCGAGGCACGUGGCUUUACCCGAUAGGUCUUACAAGGUGACAAAGAGCCUCUACACAACCUCCUCCGUCGGGUUGCCGAAAUGGGUCGACGACGUGGCUCCGGAUCUCGGGUGGAUGACCCAAAGGUCAAGUUGGAUAGGGUAUGUAGCGGUUUGCGAUGAUAAGAGGGAGAUCCACCGCAUGGGGAGGAGGGAUAUCGUGAUUGCUUUACGUGGAACCGCUACGUGCAUGGAAUGGGCCGAAAAUUUCCGAGCCCAACUGGAUCAAAUCCCCGAAUCCGAUGACCCGACCCAAAGGGUCGAACGCGGGUUCUUAAGCUUACAUAAAACACGUGGCGCUCACGUGCCUAGCUUGGCCGAAUCAGUGGUCGAAGAAGUGCAAAGGUUGAUCGAAAUGUACAAAGGAGAACCCCUUAGCAUUACAAUCACAGGGCACAGCCUUGGCGCGGCGCUAUCUCUUUUAGUUGCCGACGAAAUAAGCUCAUGUACCCCUCACGUGCCGCCAGUCGCCGUGUUCUCUUUUGGAGGACCUCGAGUUGGUAAUAAAGGCUUUGUAGAACGAUUAAAUAAGAAAAAUGUUAAAGUAUUGAGAAUCGUUAACAAUCAAGAUUUGAUCACUAAAGUUCCAGGUGUCUUCAUCGGUGAAAAAGCUCAACAACAACAAAAAGAAGAUAACCCAUGGACAUACUCUCACGUCGGAACAGAAUUACGGGUUGAUACUAAAAUGUCACCUUAUUUAAAACCGAACGUAGACAUAGCAUGUUGUCAUGAUCUAGAAGCUUACUUACAUUUGGUGGACGGAUACUUAUCAUCAAAGUGUCCAUUUAGGUCGAAUGCUAAACGAAGUUUAGCGAAACUACUUCAUGAUCAAGGAUCAAACGUGAAACAAUUGUAUACACACAAGGCAUUGAGUUUAAACCUUGAAAGGGAUAGGUUUAGCUUCCCUAUGCCUAGUUGUUUGCCUAGUCCAUCUCAAUAAAAAGCGAAGCUUGUUAGAGGGAAAAAAAGAAUUUGCACAUAUACCAUUCAAAGAGGGUGUCCCAUAUUCUUCCUCUCUCUCUUUUAUUUAUUUAUUUAUCAAAGUUGAUAGUAUUUCCAAAGGUGUAGAUAAA